AAGGGGUUCACAUAUGUGUUCGAAAUUUUGAAUACACCUGUGUUGAGCUGUAGAGGAACGAGGGAAAGGGGAUGGUCAGAGGUGGGACAAAAAUAGAAAUGAUAAAUAAUUCAGGUGUAAUUUUGUGGCAACAUGAAAACAAAUUUUCUCAUAAAAGCCGAAAAUGUUUGUUAAGUUGUUACAAAUACAACAAACAAGAAGUUUCCAUAAGCACUAAAUUUAAUAACUAUCAGUUCUCAUAUAAACUAUAAAGUGCUGAUCGAUACUCAUUGCUUUUUCAUUUAUUAUUUCAAUCUGCACAAAUAGAACACUUGCAAUUACAUGAUUAAGCAAGUAAUGCAACAAUGGUGGCUGAUAUGGGCAUGUCCAUGAAUGCAGGAACUUCUGACUAUUUGAAGAAGUAUCCAGAACGUAGAAUAUCAUUUUUUCAAAGCUCUUACAUUGUUGGAGUUUCUUUUGCUGCUGGCAUUGGUGGUCUUCUCUUUGGUUAUGAUACUGGUGUGAUAUCUGGUGCUCUCUUGUAUAUAAAUGAGGAGUUUGAAUAUGUCAAGAAGAGCUAUUUACUUCAGGAGAUAAUUGUUAGCAUGGCCUUGGUUGGAGCAAUUUUUGGCGCCGCCAUAGGUGGUUACAUUAACGAUGUCUUCGGACGUAGGAUUGCUACAAUCAUAGCAGAUCUUAGUUUUAUCAUUGGAUCAGUGAUAAUGGCUCUGGCACCAAAUCCUAUGCUUAUCAUAGUGGGCCGUUUUUUAGUUGGCUUGGGUGUUGGUUUUGCCUCCAUUACUGCUCCUUUAUAUAUUGCGGAAGUAUCACCGUCAGAAAUAAGAGGAGGAUUAGUUAGUGCCAAUUGUCUUAUGAUUACUGGUGGUCAAUUUCUUUCCUAUGUCAUCAAUUACGGCUUGACAAGAGUUCCAGGGACUUGGCGUUGGAUGCUUGGACUUGCAGCUACACCGGCUCUUAUUCAAUUGGUUCUCAUGAUAUUUCUCCCCGAGUCUCCUAGAUGGCUCUACCAUAAGAAUAGGAAGGAGGAAGCUACCACUGUGCUUUCCAAAAUUUACCCAUCACCUCGGUUGGAGGACGAAAUAGCAAUUCUUGAAGAUCACUUGGAGCAAGAAAGCAAGAACAAGGUCAAGGUUAAAUUUAGUGAUGUGUUCAAAUUGAAAGAAAUCAGAUUAGCAUUCAUCUGUGGAGCUGGACUUCAAGCAUUCCAACAAUUUGUUGGAAUUAGCGUUAUAAUGUACUAUAGUCCAAUAAUAAUCCAGAUGGCGGGCUUCAAGUCCAAUGAAUCAGCAUUGUUCUUGUCACUUGUUGUUUCAGCCUUAAAUGCCGCUGGCACAAUUUUGGGCAUUUACCUAAUUGACAUCGCUGGGAGGAAAAAGCUUGUUAUUGGAAGCUUGUCGGGUGUGGUUGGAGCCUUGAUCCUCCUCUCUGUGUCUUGUAUUAUUAUAGGAAAUGGGAACAAAAGACAAGUUUUUGGAUGGCUUGCUAUUGCAGGUUUGGGUGUGUAUAUUUUAUUCUUUGCACCUGGAAUGGGACCUGUUCCUUGGACUAUGAACUCAGAGAUAUACCCUGAAGAGUAUAGAGGGUUAUGUGCUGGCAUGUCAGCCACAGUAAAUUGGAUAAGCAGUGUGAUAAUGUCAACUAGCUUCCUUUCAAUGGCGGAAGGAAUUGGACUUGGCCAAAGUUUCUUGAUUCUUUUGGGAGUAGCUGUUCUUGCAAUAGUAUUCGUAAUCAUUUAUAUGCCAGAAACAAAAGGAUUAACUUUUGAAGAAGUAGCAGACAUUUGGAACCAAAGAGCCUACGGAAAGGAUAAAAAUAUAGAAAGCAUCGUUGAGAAAGCAAGUGCAUGAUUUUUUAAAAUGCACAAAUCAUUAGGUAAAGAUUAUUUGCGGGAUCUUCUAACUUCUAAGAGGCCAAUGUUGUGAUGCAUGCUCCAAGUCUCCAAAAUUUUUCUUGAGCCUUGGAAUUUUUUUCAAAAGUUGUUUAUAUGGGGAAUAGAUCCUCUUAAUUAUUUUUUUCAAUUGUUUUGUCAAAUGUGAUAUUUACUAUUCAACAUGUGAGUUAUAUAUUAAA